AUGUGGUCCAAAGUAUGCAAAAUCGCGCUGCUAGCAGGCAGUACACUUCCUUCAGCUCUCGCAUCACCUCUACAACCUAACACCUCACCCAAUGUGUUUCCAAAUACGGACCAGUGGCCUCUCGCAACCGUCGGCAAGGCACUGGAGCAGCAACUUCCUGAUGCCGACCUGCAAGCCAUUCUCGCACAUGUCUCACGUGUCAACAUUGAGGCCACAAUCCGGAAACUGGCCUCUUUUGGUACGCGACAUACGCUCUCAAGCCAGACCGACCCUAAUCGCGGUAUUGGUGCUGCUCGCGACUGGCUCACUGUUCAAUUUCGAAAAGCCGCGAAAGCGAGCAAUGGCUCUAUGAGUGUGUCGUGGAACAGCUUUAUCAAGUAUCCCGGGGAUAAUGAACGCAUUAUCUUCCCUGUCAACAUCACGACCGUUGUUGCGACUCUGACAGGCAGCGAAGAUCCCGAACGGUUUUAUGUCGUUGGUGGACACUACGACUCUAGGAACAGUGACCCGGUAGACUAUGAAGGGGAUGCACCAGGCGCUGUGGAUGAUGCAUCUGGCGUAGCAGUAUCUCUAGAAUUGGCUCGCAUCUUCGCUACCUACAAGCCCAAAGCUUCGAUAGCAUUUGCAGCUUUUGCAGGCGAGGAGCAAGGCCUUCUCGGCGCCGAAAACCUUGCUAAAACAUACAAGAACAGCUCGACUAACGUUGGCGCCAUGAUCAAUCUCGACAUGGUAGGCAACUCCAAAGCUGAAGAUGGGACUUCUGAUCCUUACAACAUCCGUCUUUUCUGCCAGGGCACUCCUCUGACAGAAAAUGCUACUGUUAUGACCUCUCGCCUCAGUAUUGGCGGCGACAAUGAUAGCCCAUCUCGUAACUUAGGUCGCCAUAUCUACGAGGUUGCUUCAAACGCCUUCACUCAAAUGACUGUGCGCCUCAUCUACCGUCUCGAUCGCUACGGCCGCGGGGGUGACCACCGCCCGUUCCUCGAAUCCGAUUUCAAUGGAGUACGUUUCGUGCAACCCAACGAAGAUUACACACAGCAGCAUCAAGAUAUCCGAAUUCAGGACGGCAAGCAAUACGGUGACCUCGUUGAGUUUCUUGACUUCGAGUAUAAUACGCGUGCAGCCAAGGUUGUCGCGAGCACAAUGUGGAGUCUCGCCAAUGCCCCUGGGGAGCCGACUAACGUCGGAAUCAACACAACGGCAAGCGAUAACUUCAGUCAGUUCAGAUGGACUGCUCCACUGGGGUUGGAGCCUGAGGGGUAUGAAAUCGUGUACAGGGAUACGAUUGAGCCGCAUUGGACGAGUGUGAUCGAAGUGGGCAACGUGAAUUGGUACAACCUCACAUCGGCGACGAUACACAAGGACAACAUCAUUUUUGGCGUCCGCAGUGUAGGCAAAGGCGGCUACAAAAGUCCUGCGGUGUUGCCAUUUCCGUUUGGUUGCGCAAGGAACUGUUGA